AUGACAAUCAAUCUGUCCCCACAGAGCUCAUCACAAAUGGAGUACAGUUGGCCACCUCUCAUCUCCUCGCACUUUUACUCUGUCCUCUAUAAAAUUGAACCCAGCUCCCACUAUCCCAUAUCCCUCAACAAAGAUACUCAAUGGCUAUGCCACUAAUGUUACUCCCACUAGCAGCAUGCCUCCUCUCCCACGCUUUGGCUUCCUCAGCAAACAAAGUACAAGGCUCCGACCUUAGCGUUACACUGCGGUCAAACGUCAACUAUGCCGCAUCUUGGGAGGACAUAAUUCUCGACCUGGCAUCGCGCGACGAGUCCCGUUUCUUGCACCUCGCAUCUCUGGUCACCACCAAGAAAACCACCGUUCCCAUUGGCUCCGGCCAGCAACUCCUCGCCACCGCGUCCACCUACAUUGUCCGCGCGGCAUUCGGCACUCCACCGCAACCCAUGCUCGUAGCCAUGGAUACCAGCAAUGAUGCUGCAUGGAUUCCGUGCUCACCAUGCGUCGGUUGCCCUUCGACGACAAACUUCAUCCCUUCCAUGUCCUCCUCCUACCAACCUAUCCCUUGCGGCGCACCGCAGUGCUCGCCAUUACCGAACCCCUCUUGCUCCCCAGCUCCAGGUUCAUCCUGCGGCUUCAACCUCACCUACGGCUCCUCCUCCAUCGACGCCCUUCUCUCCAAGGACAGCCUUUCGCUAGCUGCCGACUCGAUCCCGAGCUACAUCUUCGGCUGUUUACGCAAAGUGACAGGGAGCUCCAUCCCACCGCAGGGCUUAAUCGGGCUGGGUCGCGGUCCACUGUCUCUUCUCUCCCAAACCCGUAGCCUCUAUGCCUCCACUUUCUCUUACUGCCUUCCCAGUUUCCGCUCCCUCAACUUCUCCGGCUCACUUCGCCUUGGCCCUGUCGGCCAGCCAAAGAGAAUUAAAACCACUCCUUUGCUGGCCAGUCCACGUAGAUCCUCUAUUUACUUUGUUAACAUGACCGGCAUCCGCGUGGGCCGCACUUCCGUAGCUGUCCCUCCUGGCACGCUAGUGUUCGACCAGGCAACUGGCGCAGGCACCAUUUUCGACUCCGGGACUAUGUUCACGAGACUGGUCGCACCGCUCUACACGGCCGUUCGCGAUACUUUUCGUCGUCGUGUAAAAGGCACCGUGUCCUCUCUCGGAGGUUUUGACACUUGCUACGAAGGGACGGUGUCGUUGCCGACCAUAACUCUGGAAUUCACGGGGAUGAACGUGACAUUGCCGGUGGAGAAUGUGAUGAUCCACAGCGCAGCAAGGAAUUUGUCGUGUCUGGCGAUGGCGGCAGCCCCGGACAAUGUGAAUGCUGUGCUGAACGUGAUAGCCAGCAUGCAGCAGCAGAACCACAGGGUGCUGUUCGAUGUGCCUGGAUCCAGACUCGGUGUCGCCCGUGAACCAUGUACGACCGCAUAAGUGGAGAUUUAGCUGGAUUUGAUUAAGAUGGUGGAAUCCAUUUCAUUUGGUUUUUUUGCUUUGUAAGCAUGCAAGCUUUGCCCUUUUGUGUUAUUGUGUUUGUAUUCUCGUAUCUCUAAAAAUCAUGCAGCUUCUCCUUUCGUU